AGCGCAUAUGUUUGUAACGAACCCCAAACCAUGUGAAACUCGUCGGCGGUUCUGAGACAAACCAUGUGGACUUGCUGAACCUGCCAUUGUGCAACUUUAAUCAGCUGAGCGCCGGUGCGAUAGGGCACUUCGUGCUUGAUGGUGAAGCUAUGCCUUGGUAAGCAAGUGUUGGAGUUCAAUUGUAGAGGACGGUGUUGAUGGCAGGCACAGGUACCGUUGAUAGUCUUGGGAGCUUGACGUGCUGCGAGUAACCACCAGUCAGGUGUAAUUACUGCAGACAUUUUUUGUCUGAAGCCACCACAGCUGGCUCAAAGUCGGAGCUUGCACUAGCCAUGUCGCGCUUCUUGGUGAUCCUCCUCAGUGCCGCCUUGGUGCCCAGCUCUGCCUUCGUGGCACCUGGCGCUCCUCGGCCAGCUUUGCGCUCAGCCAGCCAGGUGGAGCAGAUGCAGCGAGUGGAGAUGAUCGAGGAACCCUCCACUUUCCCCUUCGGCGCUGUUGCGAUGGCUUCCGUGCUGGGACUCAUGGUAGGCCUCGCCAGUGGUCCUCAAGUGGCGAUGGCAGAAGACGCCCCUGCCGCCCCUGUGAUGGACAAGAAGGCCAAGCUGAAGGCAGAAGUGGAGAAGGCACAGGCUGCCUUCUCAAAGAAUGCCAAGAGCAAGGACGACCGUCUGAAGGAACAAAUGAAGCAGCUCGAGGAUUUCAGCAAGACUGCCACCACCAACAAGGCGUCCAACUGAGAGGCACUAGUUGUUUUUUUCUCACAGCUGGGAGCCAUGUAGGAGCCAUGAAGAAGGCUUGAUAAAGGCUCCACUACUACGCAGGAAUGUGUUGGAUAAAAAGUGCGACCUG